UCUGAAAGCAAAUUAUACGCAUGCAAUGUCCAACAUCGAGAAGCUAAGGAAUAGGGAGAGCAAGGUCAUGCAUGGGAUUGAUGCUACUAAUAUUUCAAAUCAUCACUUGCUCGGAGAAAUGAAAUUUGAUCGAAUAAUUUUCAACUUUCCAUAUGCUGGUUUUUUUAAGCAUUUAUCCCGCGAGGCUCAACUAUGUAAGCACAAAACACUUGUGAGUCUUUUUCUCAAGAAUGCUAAGGAUUUGAUCAGUGAAAAUGGUGAAAUUCAUAUAACCCACAAGACCAAUAAUUUCCAUGUUGAUUGGAAGUUAGAAUCCAUGGCUUCUUCCUAUGGACUUGGACUGAUCGAGGCUGCGAAAUUUAGUCACUUUGAUUAUCCAGGUUAUCGCACCAAGUGUGGCUUUGGUCGUAAUGAUAAUUUUUUAUGUUACCCAAGCAAAACGUACAAGUUUGGGCUUAGAAGAGGCUCAAGUUCAGCGUGUUAAUUAAUUUACUUGAUAAUGUAGGCAAAUAGAUUUCGUGUAUCUUUAAGGAAUGGGACAUAGUCCAAUUUUGUGAUGUCUGAGUGUCGUUAAAAUAUGAAAAAGUAAUGUAGUGUAUAUAGUUUUUAUUUGUUAGU